AUGGUUGAGAGGGAUGAUGGUAUAUACUUGAAGGAUCCGGACAAUAAGGAGCUGAUAGCGUAUGAGGAUCCAGAAACGGGUGAAUGGGUGGCCAUGGAGGAAGACGAGGAAACGGAAACUCUUCCUCCAGCUACAGCUCCCGCCGUGACCGAUAACACGGCGGAACCUGCCCCUGCAGAGGCCGCCGCUGCUGCUGCCGCUGCCGACUCGAAGCCGGAAACGACUCAAACUGCGACCUCAACUUCAGAGACCAAGCCGGCGGAGAAGCCUGAACCGCCCGCCCCUCCUGCAACCGAAAGUUACUUGCGGAAGCUGUGGUGCCGGGAUGACGGCACCAUUGAAGUACGCCGCGACUACAGAAAAACCAUCACAGCCCAAUGUGAUGUAUCCUUAAUCGAACAACUAAGACAGAUUCAAUACGUCUGCCGCAGACUCCUCAAAGCUGCCCAGUCUGGACCAAAUUUCACUUACGCAGACCAGGUCCUGUGCGCCGUUGCCAUCACAGUACUGGAUCUUUUUGACCCAGUCUCUGCGGAGGUGCGUGAACGACAAAAAUCGCCACUCCUCAAGGACUCCAUUCACAGCAUCCUAGUGGCUGACGACCUUGAGGCAUUCGAACCUAUGCGAACACGCGCCAAAUGUUUAAUCAAAAGCAGACUUGAAUGCUGCGCCGAACAGUGA